AUGCCAGCGAAACGAAAUGGGUGUAGCGCUCUUCAACGUGCAGCAGCCGACGGGCACGUGGAGGUGGUGCGAUUGUUGUUACAACAUGGAGCAGAUCCAUUGCAGAGAGACCAUGUGAAGCAAAAUCCUUCUGCUAUCUUGAGAAUUACCAAGACACUCGUAGUUAGAAAUCUCGUUCAUGUGAUUAAAGACUGUCUAAUAUUUUCCAGCAUGGCAACACCGCCAUCCACGAAGCUGCGUGGAAAGGUUAUUCCCGUACGGUGGGCCUCCUCUCUCGGAGUGUGGGCGGCGUGGUGUGUCGGAACGCUGCCGGGUUCACUCCCCUACACCUGGCCGCACAGAACGGACACAACCAGUCGGCCAGGGAACUACUGCUGGCCGGCGCUAACCCGGACAUACAAAAAUAAUUAUGGAGACACGUCCCUCCACACGGCUGCACGGUACGGUCACGCGGGCGUCACUCGCAUCCUCAUCUCAGCCCAGUGUCGAGUCUCGGAACAGAACAAGAACGGAGACACAGCGCUACACAUAGCAGCCGCUAUGGGGAGACGAAAACUCACAAGAAUACUACUUGAAGCGGGAUGUGAUAAGAGCAUAAAGAACCAUCAAGGAGAAACCGCGAGAGAUAUAGCAAUGAGAAAAGGCCUAGAUGAAAUAAUACACAUCCUGAACACUCCCGUAGCGAAACAAAAUAAAAAGAAAGAAAAACACAGAGACAAAAGCAGAGAAAGAACCAUCGACGAACCUGACGACGGCAAGAAAAGGGAUAAAAGUAAAGAUAAAAAGAAAAGGAGCGUACAUUUUGAAACGCAACCACAAGUACAGUGGUCGCCCUACGGCUGCCAUUACUAUCCGGACCCGAAAUAUUUUCCGAAGCCAAAGCUUAACUCAUUACCCACCGAACCUUUGAAAAAGGGCGAACAGUAUUAUUUGGAUUUGGCUGGAAAUAUAAAAAAGGGCCCCAUUGGAGGUGGGUACACGUGCUACUGUGCACCAUUCUUCAAACACAUGGAAGAUAAACUGAACGAAGACAAAAACGAUUUGAAACGUCACAUAGAUAGAGCGCACGAAAAAUUAGAUCAGAAAGUUACAGACUUAGAAAUGAAAACACAAGGAAAGAUAUCAGAACUGACGAGGUUUAUGGCUGCGGAAAGAGCGAUGUGUAAAGAGAGACACAAACACUUGGAGCAAUGGCUGACUAGAGGGAUGACGUACAGGGCCUCGGAGAGAGUUAAGAAGUUGGACUUCAGUCCUAAAGGAUCGUUAGAUAUACCUACGAUAAAAAGAACAAGGAGCUUAGAACUUUUAGACGCUAAUAAUGAAGAUUGGAACAAUGUUAACAGGAUAAUAAGAGACUUAAAUGAGAACGCGGAACAGUGUGAAACUAUUGCCAAAGAACUCGAUUACAAAGCAACAUCUAGAAGCACUGACGGUUUGGAUACACAGACGCCUUCUAGUCCAAGAAGGAAGAAUAUUCUUAAAAAUUCUAGAAGCAGCGAUCAAUUAGAUGCUGGGCCUAGUCGAAGUUCAAGAUCUUCACAUUCGGCACACUUUAGUAAUAAUGAUCCCCAAGAUACUGCAGAAAGUUAUGUCAACUCAAACAGAGUGUCCGUUUCUCAGUCUCCAGAAACCAUAUGCAACGAGAGGUUUAUGACGACCUCUCAACGACUACACACUAAUUCAUUAGAUGUAAAUAAUGGUCUACCAGCGCAUGAACCCCAAACUCCCGAAGGGAAUAUAGAACACUUUGAACUCCAAAAUGAAUCAAGAUGGAAAAGCCAAGUGUUGCAAAGAACUGCAGACGACGUCCGGAAAAGAGUCAUGUUUGAAAAGGAAACGUCAAACGUGCAACGAAACAAAAACUUAGAUAUAUCACAAGACGGGUACAUUAAAAUUACAAAUCCCGAAUAUAGAGAAGAUAAAAUUGAUAGAGAACCGCGCAAGUCAGUUUUAGAGCUCGUAGCACAGGUCGAACAUCAACAGAGAUGUACGUCACCGGAGAGACCGCCGCUACCAAAGAAAAAGAUAGAGAAAGAGGUACCAGUGUCUCCUACACAACCUAGUCAAGUCGUACUAAAAAUGCCACAACAACCUCUAAGACCUGCUCCAGCACUAAAAGAAAAACCACCGAAAUCAAAACGUUUUAGUUUACACAACCUCAUACCUUUUCCGACUAGAAAGACUUUUCAAAGUCCUCCAAAACAAAACGGAAAUAAUUCCGAAAGUAGUGAUGAAGAGGACGGUCCUAUAAGAAGCAUCAAUCAACCGGGGCCCAUGAAGAACACAAAUCUUCUUCAAACACUACCACUACCGAACUACGAAAUGGUAUCGACAUCACAGUCACCGGCGCUGCCAGCUCAAACACACAAAACUAUCCUCACGACAUCCGAAUGA